AUGGCUUUAGUCCUUAUUUUAACCAUUGCUUCGUUCGACGAAGUAGGAGCAUGCAAUAUUGUUUUGAAAGGUAAAUUCACGCAUCAAACUGGUGGUAUCUCUGGCUGUUACGGAACUGAUAAUACCGACCGAAUUCGUGAAGCUCGUUGUUUAAAUGGACCUUGCUGUUACACUUUUUAUUCUAAAUAUGGCUGUAAGGGAAGAAUAGUUGCAAAAGGAUGCAAUACAUCUCACUUUGCUCGUCCUGUCAAAGUCUCAUCACUCCGAUUAUCAUGUAGAUAA